UAUAUUGUGAAACCCUGCACAAACAAUGAGUAAGGGAAAUUAGCCUUUGCUAUAAAAAGAGAUGUGUUUCUACCAACACACAGAUAUUUACACCACCUGUACAUCUCCCAGGCCUCACUUUGGUAGCAGCUUUUUUGACUUCCUCCUUGCAAGAAGUGGAAAGAAGAUGAAGUGCAUCACGGUCUUUCUUGUCUUGUCCAUGGUCGUCCUCAUGGCCGAACCUGGGGACGCUUUCAUUCACCACAUUUUCCGUGGAAUUAUUAACGCUGGCAAAAGCAUCGGCAGAUUUAUCACGGGGGGAAAGGCGCAACAGGAGAGUGAGCAGCAAGAUCAGCGCUUCUUGGACCGAGAGCGGGAAGCUUUUAAUUAGACUUCCUGAUGGUUCACCUGAAAGAGGUGCUCUGCAACUCUGUAACUCAACUCAACUCAACUUCAACACAGCUCCUGCUCUUCAAUUGAUUUGGAAUAAAUCUGCAUUACAGCAAAA